CUGUAGGAGGAUUAAGGCACACGGUGUUUUGAAGGAUAUUUUAAAUUCUACAGAAGCUUAGAUCUAACACAAGCAUUUGCAUGAAUUCCUUUAAUUGAUUAGCUUGUUUAUAUUUUUUAUGAAAAAAUGGAGUGUCGUUUUAUUUUGGGACUAGUUUUUUGUGUCUUUUUAAUAUCCGUAGUGCAAGCGCUGAAUCCGGAUGGCACAUGUAGCAGUGAUAGCGAUUGUCCGUUCUCCUUCUACCAUUGCUGUUCCGGAACUCAAUGGUGCUGUCCUUCCGGGUACAUUUGUACCGGAACUGCAACCUGUAUUAGUAUCGGAGUAAUCGUCGGUCCUAUCGUCGGUCUCAUCGCUAUCAUCGUCUGUGUCGUCGUUUGCUGCAUUUGCUACAGAAAGAGACAACAAACUCCAGGUGUUGUUUACAACCCUCAAGCCGCUCAACCUGGCUACGGACAACCACAGGCUUACGGACAACAAACACAGGCGUACGGACAACCGCAGGCCUACGGACAACCACAACCGUAUGGACAACCACAAGCCUACGGACAACCGCCGGCAAAAGCUUGAAGUGUUUGAUGAGAGAGAGAGAGAGAGAGAGAGAGUACAGCCAUACAUAUUUUACAUUUAUGCUUGUUCGAAAGAUAUAAAUGUUUAUGACAUUGAAAUUAAGCUUGCAUAUUGCCGAAGGAUCAUUUAGUUUGUUUAUAUUUGAUACUCAUAACUUCGUUCCUAUUUUUAACAUAUGAUUGAUAUAAAUUCAUGUAUUCAUAUUUUUAGUUUUUAAGCAUCAAUAUUU